AUGUCUCUCCCAGCUGUGGCAUGGGGCAUAUCAGUCGCAGGCUGGAUCAUGUCGCCUAUCAUCUCCAAGCUUCUGGACAAACUCUUGUCCCACUGCAAAUCCAACAAAGAAGAGACGCUUUGUCACCUGUUGACGGAUGUUCUCCCUCGGCUGACGCUUACUCUAGAAGCAGCAGAGGCCAUUAACCACAGUAAACUAUUUGAGGACAUGGUGAGGGGUCUCAAAUCUGCUUUCUAUGACAUGGAAGAUAUACUUGAUGAACUGGAGUACAUUCGUCACCAAAAGAUGCUGGACGCGCAGAACAACUCCAAGUCAAAAAAGAAAAAGAAGAGGCUCAAGAUUACUUCGGAUGAUGAAGCUGGCUCCUCAAACCAGGAUAUUUGUAUUGAACCGAGUUCGGCUCUCACAGGACCUUUAAAUGCCCGCUUGAAAGAUAGUAUGGCCAAGAUAGAAGAUCUCAUAACUAAAGCACGGGGUAUUAUUACAUUGGCAGAGUCGCCAAGCAAGGGCAAAACUGUUACUGCCAAAAAUAUGCACACACGCACUACUUCAGCUCCAGUAGAAUUGGUAACCGGACGAGAUGAGGAUCGUGACCGGAUAACAAGAAUGCUUCGUGAUACAGAAGAUGUCAAUUCAAGAUCAAAUAACAAUAAAUGUUUCUCUGUAAUUGGCAUUUAUGGCAUUUCAGGGUCUGGGAAGACAACCCUCGCACAAUAUGUUUGCAAUGUAGGUGACAUUUUCAAAGAGAUGUAUGAGGCAGCUUCAGUUGAUAAGAAAAAAGCAUGUCCCGAAUACAAUAGCCUUGAUGUCUUGGAAAAAGAAUUGGAGAAGAAACUAAAAGACAAACGAUUCCUCUUAGUACUAGAUGAUAUCUGGUGCAAUAAGGAUGUCGGUCAGCAGCAGUUACCCAAGUUACUUUCUCCAAUGAAGGCUGGAAAGAGAGGAAGCAAGAUCCUAGCGACAAGUCGCAAUAAAGAUGCAUUUUCAGAUCUAGGUCCUGGUGUGGCAUGUAAUGUUUUUCCAAUACGUGACUUGGAUGAUCAAGCCUUCUUGGAACUGUUCAUGUAUUAUGCCCUUGGCAGUACAAAUCCAGAUGAUUCAGGUGAAAUGGAGCUCAGAAGUAUUGGGGCGGAAAUUUCACAGAAGUUGAAAAGAUCACCUCUGGCAGCCCGUACGGUGGGAGGACAACUACGGAAAAAACAAAGCAAUGUUGAGUUUUGGAAAAUAACUCGAGACCGGGACCUUUUGGAUGAGACUAUUGGGGCUCUUUUGUGGAGUUACCAGCAACUUGAUGAGCAGAUCAGGCGAUGCUUUUCUUACAUCAUUAUUUUUCCUAGAAGACAUAGUUUGGACCGUAAUGAGUUAGUUAAAUUGUGGGUGGCAGAGGGGUUCAUACAGACUGCUAAUCCAGAGGAGGACCCGGAAGUUGUUGGGCAGUGUUACUUUGACGAGUUACUGGCAACCUCAUUCAUGCAACCAGGAGAAUCAAAAUGGGGUGACCCAUGCUAUUUAGUCCAUGAUCUUAUGUAUGAUUUGGCAGAGAAAGUGGCAGGGAAUGAUUGCUUCAGAAUUGAGAAUGGCCAGAGAAGACAAGUUCCUCGUGAUGUUCGCCAUCUUUUUGUUGCGAAGGGACAAAUGGCUACUAAGGAGAUUUUUGAACUGAAAAACUUGCGCACUCUCAUUAUUCAUGAUACUAAAUCUGCUAAUGAUGUAUUCUUGCAGAAAGUGUUCAAAAAGCUGCUGAAAUUGCGAGUACUGGUCGUAGAUUAUGAAUACGAAAAUAGAGGCAACGGUACAAUAAAAAUCCCAGAAAGUAUUGGACGCUUGAAGCAUCUGCGCCAUCUUUCUUUAAUUGUUCCAACCAAUUCCAAGCUAAUUUUGCCAGGAACAUUAACCAAUCUCUACCAUCUGCAGGCUUUAAUUUUAAAAUGCUACGAUGAAUUGGAAUUCCCUUCUGAUAUAGAUAUGAGCAAACUUUCCAAUUUGCGGCAUAUAAGCAUGAGCAAUUUUGGAAAGACAUUGCCCAACAUUGCCAGGCUAACAUCACUCCAGACGUUAGAACGUUUUGAAAUAAGGAUUGAACAUGGACAUGAGAUAAAACAGAUGAGGGACCUGAAUAAGCUUCAGGGCAAUCUGCUUAUUCGAGAUCUUGGUAAUGUUAAAAGCAAGAAUGAAGCACAAGAAGCAAAUCUAGCUGCUAAGACACGGCUGACGGGAUUGGAACUAGUGUGGUUUGAUGGUACGACUUCACCAGAAGUUGAAGCAGAAGUACUUGAGGGUCUUUGCCCACCAGGGGGUCUUAAAAGUCUGGCAAUCAGUGGGUACAAGGGUCUGGGGUACCCAAGUUGGAUGAUGGGUGUGCAGAACGGCGGCCCUGAGUACCUUAAUACACUUUUGCUCGAUAAAUGUUAUCAAUUGGGGCCUGCUCCCAAACUAUUUGAUUGUUUCAUUCAUCUUCGUGAGCUCAUAAUUUGGGACUGCUGCUGGGACUACUUGCCAGACAAUGUGAAGGACCUCAGGUGUCUCAAGACAAUAUGGUUUUCUUCCUGCCCGAAUAUUAAAUCGCUUCCGGAACUUCCUCUUUCUCUUGAGGACUUCAAAACGAGCCGUUGUGACAGAGGCUUCACUGAGUCAUGCCAACAGGUAGAUCAUCCGAACUGGCAAAAACUUCAGCACGUAAAAAAAUGUAGAUUUAUACCUUGA